AUGCAGCGCGCGGCGCUGGGCGCGCUCGGGGCGGCGGCGCGGCCCCGGGACCACCGGGAAACCGGGACCCCAGAACCCCAGCCCCGGGACCACCGGGAAACCGGGACCCCAGAACCCCAGCCCCGGGACCACCGGGAAACCGGGACCCCAGAACCCCAGCCCCGGGACCACCGGGAAACCGGAACCCCCGGAACCCCAGCCCCGGGACCACCGGGAAACCGGGACCCCAGAACCCCGGCCCCGGGACCACCGGGAAACCGGGACCCCAGAACCCCAGCCCCGGGACCACCGGGAAACCGGAACCCCCGGAACCCCAGCCCCGGGGCCACCGGGAAACCGGGACCCCAGAACCCCAGCCCCGGGACCACCGGGAAACCGGGACCCCAGAACCCCAGCCCCGGGACCACCGGGAAACCGGAACCCCCGGAACCCCAGCCCCGGGACCACCGGGAAACCGAGACCCCAGAACCCCAGCCCCGGGGCCACCGGGAAACCGGGACCCCAGAACCCCAGCCCCGGGACCACCGGGAAACCGGAACCCCCGGAACCCCAGCCCCGGGACCACCGGGAAACCGGAACCCCAGCCCCGGGACCACCGGGAAACCGGAACCCCCGGAACCCCAGCCCCGGGACCACCGGGAAACCGAGACCCCAGAACCCCAGCCCCGGGGCCACCGGGAAACCGGGACCCCAGAACCCCAGCCCCGGGACCACCGGGAAACCGGAACCCCCGGAACCCCAGCCCCGGGACCACCGGGAAACCGGAACCCCAGAACCCCAGCCCCGGGACCACCGGGAAACCGGGACCCCCAGAACCCCAGCCCCGGGACCACCGGGAAACCGGAACCCCCAGAACCCCAGCCCCGGGACCACCGGGACCCCCAGAAUCCCAGCCCCGGGACCACCGGGAAACCGGAACCCCAGAACCCCAGCCCCGGGACCACCGGGAAACCGGAACCCCAGAACCCCAGCCCCGGGGCCACCGGGAAACCGGGACUCCAGAACCCCAGCCCGGGGACCACCGGGAAACCGGGACUCCAGAACCCCAGCCCCGGGACCACCGGGAAGCCCCAGCCCUGGGACCCUCCCAGCCCCGUGACCUCACAACUCCGAGACCCCUGGGACCUCCGAACCCCGGGACCACCGGGAAUCCGAGCCCUGGGACCCCCAGAACCCCAGCCCCGGGAUCACCCGGACCCCCAGCCCCGGGAACAUCGGAACACCCAGCCCCGGACCACCGGGAACCCCUACCGGGACUACCGGGAACCCUGGGACCCCCCGGCUCCGGGACACCCGGGACCCCCAACCUCGGGUCCCCCCAUUCCCGUGACCCCCGGCUAUCCUCGGGCGCCCCCCGCCCCCACUCUGCGCUUCCCCCCCCCUCCGGCCGCCCCGUGCCGCUGGCUGAGCGCGGCCCCGCCGGCGCUGCGGGAGCUGCGGGAGCUGCGGGCGCGCACCGGGCAGCCCGUGCUGCGCUGCCGGGAGGCGCUGGAGCGGGCGGGGGGCGACCUGCGGCAGGCCGAGGCCUGGCUGGAGGCCGAGUCGCGCCGCCGGGGCUGGGCCAGGGCCGCUGCCCCCGGGGCUGCCCGGGCCCGGCAGGGGCUCGUGGGGGUCCUGAGCGAGGGCUCGGCCGCCGUCAUGGUGGAGGUGAACUGUGAGACGGAUUUCGUGGCGCGGACCCCCGACUUCCAGCAGCUGGUGGAGAUGGCGGCCAGGGGGGUCCUGGGGCACUGCCAGGGGGCCUCGGGCACCAAGCUCCUGCUGCCAGAGGAGGAGCUGGCCCAGGUGCGGGCAGAGAACGGGGGGGACCUGCUGAGCGAGCACCUGGCACUGGCCAUGGGCCGCCUGGGCGAGCGCCUGGCACUGCGCCGGGCCGGCUGGCUCCGUGCCCCCCCCGGCGGCUUCGUUGCCACCUACGCGCACGGCUGGGUGCCCGCCGGGCCCGCCGUGGCCAUGGGCACCUACGGGGCGCUGGUGGCGUGCGGGGGGCCGGGCCCGGGGCCCCCCCCGGCCGAGCUGCGGGAGUUGGGGCGCAGGGUGGCGCAGCACGUGGUGGGCAUGGCGCCCACCGCCCUGGGCACCCCCGAGGACGAGCUGGGCGGGGAGAGCGAGACGCGGCUGCUGGCACAGGGGGCACUGAUGGAGCCGGGCGUGCCCCUGGGGCGGUACCUGCGCGACCGGGGCGGCCUCCGCGUGUGCGACUUCCUGCGCUUCCAGUGCGGCGAGGAGCCCCCCCCGGGAGCCCCCCCCGGGCUGAGGGGGGCGGCUGAACCCCCUGACCCCCCCCUUGUGCCCCCCAUGCCAGGCUGGGGCGGCGAGAGCCCCCCCCAGUGUGGGGUGAGGCUGAAUAAAGGUGCGGAAUCCAGGCCGGGUGUUUUGGUUUGA